CUCAGAGCUGCAUGCUAAUAUUUCAGUGUGUCAGUGUGUGUGUGUGUGUGUGUACACACUGCAGUACAGAUUUCCUGCCACUUCAACUACGCUGUUCUGUAUAGUGUGUGUGUGUGUCAUAGUGUGACCUCAGGGUGCAGAUGAUGUGUGGAGAGUGUUGGUAGGGUCUGGCUCCUGUGGUGAUAGCUGAUAGAAAUGGAAGAAGAUCAAGUGCCAAAUAAGGAUUCCUCUCAAGCCACAGAUGUGACGAAGGUGCACCAUAAAUCUGAAACCAAGCGAUACAGUGAGAUUUUCAGAGAGUUUGAUAAUCUUGAGUUGUCUUUAAUUCCUUGUGCAGGGGAGGAGCUGCUGCCAGACACUGACUCACAGUCCAUCUCUGAAUCCAUCUCUUCAGAAAGUGCCGAGCUCACAGAGCAACACGAUGUGGCUAUACGUGCUGAGGUCAAUGAAGUGGAUGGAAACCAAACAGCCCAGGAAGCAGACCUGGCCCUCUGUCGGUGUGAUGACGGUGUGGAGACGGCACUGCAGUACACCAAGAUGUGGUGCCGCUACGCCAAAGAUCUUCUGGCGUGGAUGGAGAAGAGAAUAAGCUUGGAACAAGAAUUUGCAAAAAAUGUGAUGAAGACAGCUGACGGAGCAAAAGCCAAUGUGGGGCUGCAGGAAAUGAUGCCCCUGCAGUAUAUCUACACAAUGGCGCUAGAGCAAGACAUCAAGAACAGUCUGACCUCCAGAAAGACUUCAGAACUGAUACACAACCGCUGUUAUCAAGCCUUGGCUGCCAAGAAGAAUGAGAUCGACAAGUGGCGCAGAGAGUUUAAGGAGCAGUGGGCACGGGAACAAAGGAGGAUGAACGAUGCAGUGACAGCUUUAAAAAAGGCUCGUCAGCAAUACUACCAGCGCUGCGAUGAGCUGGAAAAGGCUAAAGCUAUCUCUGCUAAAGCUGUGGACGACACAGCUGGACUCAAAACAAUGGAUAAGAGGCGGAAGUCGAAGGAUGAAGCCCAGACUAAGGUGCAGGAGGCAGAGCUCCUGUACAAACAGUGUGUGAGUGACGCCAAGAUCCACCAGGAUGAGUUAGUGAAGGUCAAAGAGCGAAUUGUUUCCCACAUUCGCAAGCUCAUCUGUCAGGGAGACACUGUGCUCAAGGAGGCCACAGUCAACAUGUUUUACUUCCAGCGGCAGCAGACGGAGUCCGUUCCCCUCGGCUAUCACAGCCUGGAGUUGACGUGCAGGUCCCUGGAGCCUGGGGAGCCGUACCUGCUCUACAUCCUCAGCAAACGUCGCCCUGAACAACCUCACCAAGCCUUUACCUUCCAGGAGUAUGUUCCUCAGUGCAAAGGGAACAAACGAAAGACCAGCAACACUCUCAGCUCUGUGCAGGACUCCUCCCCCAUGACGGACGAUAGCCCUUUGAGACGACCCAUCGAUGGCAGGAGAACUGGGUACAGUGACAAUGACAGUUUUGGAGGCAGUCUGGAAUCUCUGUCCAGCCCUGCUCACACUAAUAGGAGGCUGCCUAAAACCGCAUCCACUUUGACAGUGUCAUCAGACGACAUGGAUGAACGGGAUACGUCAGAAUCAGAAUACAUUGACGUCCAGUCACUCAAAGCACGCACACCUUCACGAGCCGCACUGACACACCAACUCAGGAAGAUGAAGAGCAAGAUGGUCAAAUGCAAGCAGUGUGAAAACUACAUUGUCGUCAACGGGGUCGAGUGUGAGGAGUGCGGGCUGGCUUUGCACAGGAAGUGCUUGGAGGUGUGUCAGUUAGAGUGUGGGCAAAGGAAGGGCACUGUGUUCGGAGUGGACCUCUCUCUGCUGUCCCAGGAGAAGCCAGAUGAGGUGCCCUUUGUGGUGCUGCUCUGCACGUCGGAGAUUGAGAGUCGCGCUCUCUCAGUCCAGGGGGUGUAUCGUGUGAGUGGGUCCAAGCCUCGAAUUCAGAAGCUCUGUCAGGCCAUUGAGAUGCAAAAGGAGCAGGUGGACCUCUCUGACCUUUCACCACAUGACAUCACAUCCAUCCUUAAGCACUUCUUUAAGGAGCUCCCAGAACCCUUACUAACCUAUGACCUAUACAAUCAUUUCAUCGCGGUGGGAAAGACCAUUCAGCAUGUGAGUGAAAGGGAGUCGGCACCAGACACUAACGAGACAAUGGACAUCGUUCACAGCCUGCAAAAGCUGCUUCUGAAACUCCCUCCAUAUUGCUACAGCACCUUGCAGCACAUGAUGACUCACCUGCAAAAAGUUUCAGAGAACCACGAGAACAAGAUGUCCCCUAGCAAUUUGGGUAUUGUGUUUGGGCCAACACUGUUGCGCCCUCUUGUGUCGUCUGACAUGUCAAUGAUUGCCCUGCUGGAGACCAGUUACCAGGCUGUACUGGUUGAGUUCCUCAUUGCACACCAUGAUGAGGUUUUUGGCCCUCAGCGGAGACCCAGUACACCUCCUCCCCCGGUCCCCACUGCACCUCUUCCAGACACCCCUCCCAGAGCUUCCUGUACCCUGGAGGGGGAAGUUUACACUGGCCCUGAGCCUGAAACCUCCUCCAGAGAGCGGCCACACUCACUCGAAAGUCGAGCAAUCAAGAGAGAGUCAAGCGAGGGUUAUAUAUCUGACAAGUCGUCAUCCAAUGAGGCAGUGGACCAGCUCAGCCCUGAAGCCAAUGAGAGAGCAGUCCUGGCUAUGAGAGGGGCAUCAAGUGAUCCUCAGGGUGAGCCGGUGGAGGCACCAGACUCUGAUUUGGGGACUCAGCCACGCUAUCGCUUCACCAGACAGCCUGUGAAGUAUUACCGGCAUCAUAACCCAGGAACACGACUCUGCAACCCAGGACGUGGAGCCAAACAGCCUGCAGCCGCAGCCACGGGCCACCCAGGGAGUGCAUCCAGCAGCCGCAGCUCCUCUCCAGAGCCAGGGACACAGAGACUAUCCCAAAACUUUGACAUCCACCCUGAGAAGGCCCACCAGCUGCAGCAGGCUACUGUUACUGCAGAGAAUAAAGUGGAUGCCCCACUGAGCCCCCGUGAGGUAGUGCAGUACAUGCUGGGGCUAGACUCACUGUUUACAUCAACUGCAUCUGAGGUGUCGUCAGCCAGUACAACACAGGAGUCCUCUCAGGAGGUGACGUCUGUGUGUCAAGCAGAUCAGGACAUAAAUCUGUCCAGUAACAGACAGAGUGCUGGACAGAGACAGGCUCUGUGUCAGUCACCAAAAACACUUCCUCUUGAGCUCAACCUGACUUCACCAGCACAGAAGAUCCUGUCUGGUCUGAAGUUGAGACGCAGCCACUCAGGGAAGGACGAGCAGCUCUUUGUCUGAGGACAGAUAGACAUCUUCAGACAGUUCAUUGGAAUAUUAACACAUACCGGAGGACAUGAAAUCAUUGAAGGAAUACUUCACCCCACAAAUGAUCACUUGUACGUCAGUAGCUUAUCCCGUGUUACACUGAAUUCACUAAGAAGCCAAAAACCGAGAAAAUUCUUGAUGAAUUGAAGUCAAAGGGGUCCGUGUUUAAAACUAUAUCAAAACAUCUUGUUAACAAACAGUCACACAACUCAUGCAGUAUAUUCCAAAUCUCAUUUAUUCAGCUGUAUGCUCAGUACUUCCAAAAUAGACAGCCCCGUCUGACAGGUAGCUGAGCUAGAAGUGAAAUUUCUCUAUGCUUUCUUCAAAGCCAGACACCAUUGACAAAAACAGUAAUUUUAACUCACUGACCAGCAGCGCUGCUGGUCCUUCCCUGCCUUGAUCACUUUGAUUGUUUGUAUUAUUGUGUGACUUUGGUGGAUGAGAACUAACCAUUUAAAAACACCAAAGACACAUAUUAACACAAACAAAAUGCUCCAUUGACAAAAACGGUAAUUUUACCUCACUAAACAUGGGAGCUGCUUCACCGUCACAGCCUUGAUCAUUUUGUUUCUUUGUGUUAUUAUUUGACUCUGGUGUUAGUUAGUUUGGAUUCACCAAAGUCACAAUAAACACAAGCUACUGAUCGAGGCAGUGACGAACCAACAGCUCCUAUGCUCAGCGAAAUAAAAUCACUGUUUUUGUCAACGGAGUCUGGCUUUGCAGAGAGCAUAGCUGAGUUUUACUUUUAGUUCAGUUCAAAGUUUUAAGCAUAUGACUGGAUAAAUGAGACUUGGAAUACACUGCACGACUUUUUCUGAGAAUUGAAACAGCUUUUUUGAUGUAGUUUUGCUGUUGUGAAACGCAGACUCUUUUAACUCAAAUGAAUCAAGAAUUUUCUCCGGGGUGAGUAAUUGACAUAUGAAGGAUCACUGGGGGGAAGUAUACAUUUGAUAUCUCCUUUCUUGUGCGUAACUGUAACUAAGAUUCAUGCAAUCUAUUAAUUAAGAUACUCGCAUAUUUUACACACACACGCACACACAUCUCACUUGUAACUCAAAUUCUAACCGUUUUAAAAAAGUAACUUAUAUUAAAAAUUCCCGAAAAAUUACUCAAACUCACAUUCACGUUCAUUCUCUAAGGACACACAGUUGAAUAGUUCAGGCCUGACUUACACAGCCUCACUACUAAUCCUCUUUUAAGAUUUUGAUCUGUUGACCAUCCAGCUGUCAAACACCCAACAACAGUUUAAUUAUUUAUACAUUUUUUAAUAUUCUAGUGUAUUUGAAUGUAACAAACAGGCUGUUUGAGACAUCAGGUAAAGCAAACUAGCACAUCAAGUAUCAACUUUUGACCUGAACAAACUAUAUAAUGACAGCAAAAUACAAAUGCCAUCAAGUGUUGUGUCUUUAGGUAAUUUUGUUAUCUAGUUGUUGUAUUUUUCUGUUUAAUAGGCUCCAGAUGGGAUUUUUGUGGCAUACAAUAAGUCAUGCCUGCACUGGUGUCGAAAUGAAGUUAUCUGAAAAUCUUACACGUUAUAAUAGUUUCAUGCACCUUUCCUUUUAUGACACAAGGGGGCGGUCUUCUCCCAGUGUGUGUGUGUGUGUGUGUGUGUGUGUGUGUGUGUGUGUGUGUGUGUGUGUGUGUGUGUGUGUGUGUGUGUGUGCGCGCGUGUGUUGGGGGGGGCGCUGCCAGACACAAUAGUAGAAAGGCAAUAAACCACUUAUUACUUAUUA